UUGCUUUUCUGCACACCAAGCGUCACCUUUUUCAUUCGUUCUCUCUCUCUCUCUCUCUCUCUCUCUCUCUGUAACUGCUGCUGCUGGGUCCGAUUGCUCUGCUCCACCACUUCUGUGGUGGUUAUAAUUGCACAGCAGCACGUCCCACCCCUCAAUCCACGCUACUCCACUUUUGGAACGCCCGCCUUCAUAUUUUAGGGCAUCGUGUGUGUGUUGAACGCUCUCUCUCUCUCUCUCUCUCACUCUUACAAGGAAGAAGCACGUAUUGUGAUGGCGCAGGAGUUGGAUGAUGACUUGGAGUUGUGGCUACCGUCGGAGUUUCUUACGGACGAGGACUUGCUAACCGACUUCAAAACCGACCGUUGUGGAUCGAAGAGUACGGACGAUGGUAGGUGCGGACUCGGGAGUUCGUUUGGAGGCGGUUCGAAUCUCAGUUCCCCCGUUCUGUCCGCCGCCGGGAUGACGGAAACCGAGAGCGACGAAGACGACUUCAUGGCUGAGCUGAACAGGAAAGUCGCUCGCUCUACUUUGCGAGACGACUCCAGUUUGCCCCCCGAGAAAACAGCAGAGGUCUGGAAACUGCCGGGUUCGCCGCAAUCAACUCUUUGCGGUUACCGAAAACCUGUUCCGAAGGGAGACUCGAACUUUGUGUCGCGUGCUUGCUCACCUCCGGAUGCGAAAGAUGUCCAGCGAUGGGAACUUCUGUGUGCAGCAGCAGAGGAGGCUGCAAGGAUGCGGAUGAUUGAAGAAACGGCGGUGUUUUAUUCGACGAAGCUCUUCGGACAACCGUCCAAGCCCAGGUUCAUCCCUAAAUCGCAACAAAGCCCUAGUCCAGUCCCUAAUUUUUACCGGAAUCAAAAUCAGGCACCAACGCACCAUACUUAUCACCAGUUGCAAGCAGCUCGUUUUCAGCAGAUGAAGAAACAGCAGCUGAUGAGGAAUGCCGAAGUCAUGGGGUUCCAGAGUGGAAGGAGGAACGGCCUGUCAAUGUCCGGUUGGACUAGUCUGCAACACUCUCAAAUGCAGCAGCAGCAAUGGCACCAUCCCGCUUCAGGGACAACAGCGGUUUUUCUGGGAGAAGUCGGGCAGAAAAAGGAACGAAUAGGGACGGGCGUUUUCAUGCCAAGAAGAUAUGGCUCGAACUCCAGUACUGAGCCACGCAAGAAAUCAGGUUGCUCCACUGUUUUGCUUCCGGAUAAAGUGGUCCACGCCCUGAACCUGAAACUGGACCCCAUUGAUGCCAGGGGCCAUCCCAAGCCACACGGACAUUUCUCCACCGAGCUUGAUGCUGCUGCAUUGAAGCAAACAAGUACAGCUGCUAUGCCCAGGAGCGUCGGACCCCCUCACCAGCCUCAGCCAGUGGUGAACCAAGAACUCCAGCUACCUCUAGAAUGGACUUACUAGCCAAGGCCUAUGGUCAAAUUUCAGACCGGUGGUAAGUCAGUCAAACAUAAGUGGGGUAAUAAUUAAGGGUAAAGUAAGAUAGAAAAUGGGCGUAGAUUAUUAUAGUAGAUGAUAUAGUAUUAGUAUAGUUAGUAGGUGAUCAUGAUGAUCCUGAAAGUAGUAGUAGGGAGGAUUAUUAAUCAGUGAAUAAAGUUGCAUUGGGGCAAGAAUCUACCCUCCUUUUUAUCUCAAUGCCACCAAACAGAUUAGGUUGUUGGUGCUAUUUUGUCGCGAUGUGCAAGAAAGUGUAGGGUUGGCUUUAUCUGUGGUUUUUGUCUGGAAGCAAAACAACUGUUUGCCUACUUUUGUGUACUAUGCUUCUUGGCCGUCAUUGCCAUUGUUAUCAAAUUUUAUUAUUCUACUACACUAACGGUGCGCUAGGAGACAAGUGAGGAGUUGUUACACGUCAAUAUUUAAAUAGCAGAAGCCGUUCUUGGCCUUAACUUGUUUUUUUAGUCCACAAGUCUUGUAAUAAAAUGCUUGUU